AUGUGGUCUGUCAUCCGUCGGCUGCAAGGGGAAUCGCCCUCCUCGGAGGGCGCCUGUGGUGAGUCGCGUUGUGAGCGCAAUCAGCGGUGCAUCAUGAUGCACGAGAUGAAGCGCUACCCACGGUCGUUGGAUCCGGACAUCUUUACGAGACCCUUUGGGGAACUGGAAUAUGAAAAGGUGCGUCUCUGGAUGCUGGACGAAAGCGUCGACAAGCGUCGUCAAGCGAUGAACCACCUCCUUGAGCUGUACGUGCUGCAGCGGGAGAAUGUGGUUCGUAGUCUCCGGUAUGGGUUUCUUGAUGUGGUACUUUCUACGCUUCACCACGAUGAGUCCGAGGAAAUGCGGUGCAAAGCGGCAGAGGCCCUCGCGUUUUUGCUGCGAGAGACAAACGGUCUAGACAUGUUUCUUGCGAUGGAUGACGAGAAGGCGGCGCUUUCUGAACUGCUAAAAGCAUUAGAUGAUCCUUCAAGGGAGGUUGUCAUACUUGUACUGCGCGUGACCAUCGCGUGUCGUGCCGCAUACAAUGCGUACGAGGCGACGCUACGUCUUGUAAAGUACGGCUUUAUCGAGCGUUGCAUCGCGCUGCUGCGUCAUGAGGAGGACAGAGUGGCUGCAACGGCGUGCUCGGCCCUCGUGACCAUUUUUGCCGUCAAGGAGGCCUUUAUUCAGUUUAUACGAGCAGGCGGAAUGGAGGAGGUGACGGAGGCCUUGAAGCGAAGUGACCCGUUCGUUGUGGCCGAGGCUGCGGAGGUGGUGAUUCAAGCCGCCGUGUAUCGUUUGGGCAAAAAGGCUGCGGUGAACCACAACACCCUGGUAGCGUUGCAGCCCUACAUGUUGCAUGAUAAUCUGAGGGUGCGCACGGCCGUCACCGGGGCGGUGGCGCAGCUCACCAUUUACGAACCCGGCAAACAGCAGGCUGUGGACGAAAAUGUUGCUACGAUCCUCCUGGAGCUUCUCAUGCAGGAAGAGGAGCGCGAUGUCUUGGUUAAUGUGCUCAAGACCGUUGUGAACGUCGCGGAACACCCAGCGGGGAGGCGUCAGCUCCUGGGGGCGAAAGAUCGACUGCUGUUCAUUGCUCGAGAAGCCGACGAUUACCAGCCACUUACCUCGUCCGUCGCAGAGGCACUGAGCCAGCUCGAACGAAAGUGUUAG